AUGAAUUCUCCAUCUUCAUCAUCAUCAUCUACAUCAACUACUACAACUACUACAACAACACCAAAUUCAAAUUUAUCAAUAUGGAGUUUAAGUUAUUAUAUUAAUUUAUGGAAUAAACAAUUUACAGAACCAGAUUCAAGCGAAGAAACUAGAAAAACGGUGUUACGUUUAACAGAAAGAUUCGGAGAGACUCAUCCAGCAUUUAGGAUGGCUUCUUAUAAUGAAGCCGUUUCAUUUGCAAAGAGUAAAUUCAAAUUUUUAAUAGUUUAUAUACAUUCAUCACAACAUCCUUCUUCGAAUAGUUUUUGCAAAGAGGUGUUAUUUACAAAAGAAAUUAAAGAAUUUAUUGAAGCAAAUUAUAUAUUUUGGGUAUGUGAUGUUUCAACAUCGAUUGGUUUGAGAAUGUGUAAUUUAUUAGAAGUUACAACUUUUCCAGCAUUAUCAUUAAUUUGUUGUAACAAUGUACCAGGUUUAACAACAUCAUCACAACCAGUGAGAUUGGAAUUAUUCCAAGGUAAUCAACUAUCAACAAAGCAAUCUGCAAUGACAAUUAUUAGAACUUCAGCUUCACAUUAUGAACCUUCUUUAAUUGCUGCUAAAGCUGAUCACGAUUUAAGAGAACAAGAUAGAUUUAUUAGACAAGAACAAGAUGAAGCAUUUUAUCAAUCACUUAAAGAGGAUCAAGAAAAAGAAAGAAUUAGAUUAGAAAAAGAGGAACUAGAAAGAUUAGAGAAAGAAAGAGAAGAAAAAGAAGAACAAGAUAGAAUAGAUUUCCAAAGAGAAUUGGAAGAAAGAAAACAAAGAAAACAAAAAUUAUUUAUUAAUGAGCCAAAACAAAAACAACAAAAUGGUGUGGAUGUCACUAAAUUAGUCAUUAGAUUACAUGAUGGUUCAAAAUUACAAAGAAACUUUUUAAUCACUGAUACAAUCGAAUUUGUAAUGGAUUUCAUAGAUACUCAUAUCCAAGAACCAAUUGAAAACUAUGUACUAUCAACUCAUUAUCCAAAGAAACAACUCUCAAAUUUAAAAUCCACCUUAAAAGAUGAAGGUUUAUAUCCAGACUCUGUUUUAUUUUUAUCAGAAUUAUAA